AUGGUGAUGUCUGAAGAUGAAGGGAAAAUGGAAGGGUGGCUCUAUUUGAUUCGUUUCAAUCGUUUUGGGCUUCAGUAUUCGCGUAAGAGGUACUUCAUUCUUCAAGACAAUUGCCUUAAGAGCUUCAAAUCAAUCCCAACUUCGGAAACAGAGGAACCUGUGCGAAGUGCAAUAAUAGACUCUUGUGUUCGGGUCAUGGACAAUGGAAGAGAAAGCCAUCACAGGAAAUGUUUCUUCAUUUUCACACUCUGCAAUACUUCUAAUCAUAAUGAUCAGCUGAAGCUUGGGGCAACUAGCUCAGAAGAAGCAGCUAAGUGGAUACGUUCUUUACAAGAUGCUGCUGUUAAGCCAGUUACGGACAUGUUUUUUUGUUCCAAAAGGAAAUAUCAGCCUUUCAGCUUGACUGUUACCAAAAGAAUGGCAAAAAGGUCUAUUGACUGGACAGCAGCAUCUUCUUCGCAUGCAGAUGUCAUCACAUCUGAUGUAAUCUCUCCUUCUCCGUGGAAAAUAUUCGGUUGUGAAAAUGGAUUACGUCUUUUCAAAGAAGCCAAAGACAGAGACUCAAAUGGAAGGCAUUGGGAGGAUACGCCAGCCAUAAUGGCAGUUGGAGUCAUCAAUGCAGCCUCGGAGGAUGUUUUUCGUACGGUUAUGGAUAUUGGUCCAUCAAGGACUGAAUGGGAUUUUUGUUUCUACAAGGGUACUGUGGUUGAGCAUUUGGAUGGUCAUACUGAUAUCAUUCACAUUCAGCUGUAUAACCAUUGGCUACCAUGGUCCAUGAAACGACGGGACUUGCUGAUAAGACGUUACUGGAGAAGAGAAGGCGAUGGCACAUAUGUCAUUCUCUGCCAUUCCGUGGUUCACCAGAAGUGCCCUCCCCAAAAUGGAUACAUUCGUGCUUGCCUUAAAAGUGGUGGAUUUGUGAUAAGCCCAACGAAGCAAGGCAAAGAAAGUGUGGUGAAACACAUGCUCUCGAUUGAUUGGAGGUCAUUCAAAUCCUAUAUAAGAAAAUCAUCAGCAAGAUCUCUCACUAUCCGCUUGCUCGGGAGAGUGGCAGCCUUAAGAGAGUAUUUCAGUGCAAGAGCUGGAAAUACUGGCCCCGAAUUCCAAUCAGGUGAGCUGAUGAUGGACAUUAGAGUUCCUCGUGAUGAAAAGGAGGAGAUUAAAACAGAAAUUGGAGUCAAAAGGAUAAAAGAUGACGAGGUAUUCGAGAAAAAUUCCGGGGAUUCGAAUCUCACUGGUUUAGAUGAUGCGUCCGAUGAAUUCUUUGACGUCCUUGAGCCGUCUGAUCUGUUAGACAAAGGGUGGUGUUCAGACACAACAAGCCCGGAUUCAUCUUUUCUGGACAAGUACCAGCCGAAAUUAUCAUCUGCCGCCAAUUUUGUUAAAAAGCUGCAUGGCAUUGCUGCGCAGAGAAAGGGUUACAUGGACUUGCAACAAGUGAUAACUCGGGAAGAAAGUGUGUCUUGGUGUUAUGGUGCCACACUAACAAAAGACAGUUCUUGUAACAUGCCAUGUACAUGGGGCCCAUCUGAUCCUUCCUCCUUCCUUAUACGUGCUGAUAAUUAUCUCAUAGACCAGAAAAAGAUGAAGGCGAAAGGCACAUUAAUGCAGAUGGUGGCAGCUGAUUGGGUAAGAUCGGACAAACGUGAAGAUGAUAUUGCUGGACGGUAUGGAGGCAUUGUUCAGAAAUAUGCAGCUAGAGGUGGACCAGAGUUCUUUUUUGUAAUUAACUUACAGAUUCCUGGGUCAACAACAUACAGUUUGGCACUAUACUAUAUGCUAAAAACUCCCUUAGCCGAAACGCCUCUGUUAGAGCGUUUUGUUAAUGAAGAUGAUGCCUUUAGAAAUUCACGGUUCAAGCUGAUACCAUACAUUUCGAAGGGAUCUUGGAUUGUUAAGCAGAGUGUUGGAAGGAAAGCUUGUCUAGUCGGUCAGGCCCUCGAAAUCAACUACUUCAGAGGAAAAAACUACAUUGAGCUCGGUGUAGAUGUGGGGUCGUCAACAGUAGCGAGGGGUGUCGUUAGCCUUGUGCUUGGCUAUCUCAACAAUCUUGUCAUAGAAAUGGCAUUUCUCAUUCAGGGAAACACGGCAGAGGAGCUGCCGGAAGUUCUUCUUGGGACAUGUCGACUUAACCAUUUAGAUGCGUCGAAAUCGGUAUCUACUGAUUCAAUCAAUAACAGCUAA